CAGACAUCUUUCUGUUGACUGUCUUACAGGACAGGUGGAGGGAUCACCACCUCUGGAUCAACUGGACAAGAUUGGAUCUGAACAAGUGUCAAUCUCAAGUGUGUGCACUGAACUGGUGUGUGUAUGAGUGUGUUAGAAUGCAUAUGUAAGAAAGUGUGUGCGCUCUUGACAUGUGUGUUUAGCUGAGAGUGUGCGGGUGGAAAUGCUGAAGCGACCAUCAAGGUUAUUUUUGGGUCAGUGACAGCGUGUCAAUGGCUGCAGAUGCGUCGCAAAGGAAGGCUCUAAGAUACCAGCAGACCCUGCUCUACGGGGAGUACAGGGAGCAGCAGGGUAGCUUUGCUAGGCGGGAAGCCACACGGCUGCUGACAGAGAGACAAUGGAGGAGACAGACAGGAGAAAACACCAUGGUCAACGCCAGACGGGGGCAUGGCCAACGACAUCACCACUCCGUCACCAUGGAGUCAUAUCUCAGCCACACCUCCUCCACAAAGAAGCCACGCCCCUACUCCAAAUACCAAGACUGUGUGGCUCGUAUACAGCGGUACAUCGUGACCAAGCUGGGGGAGGACUGGAUCUUCCUGGUGCUGCUGGGCCUCACCAUGGCCCUGGUCAGCUGGAGCAUGGACUACACCAGUGCCAAGAGCUUACAAGCGUAUAAGUGGAUGCACGGGGAGCUGAGGGGGAAUGUCCUGAUCCAGUACCUGGCCUGGGUCGUCUACCCCAUGGUCCUCGUCAUGUUCGCCUCCCUCUUCUGCAACAUAGUCGCACCUCAGGCCAUAGGUUCUGGUAUUCCUGAGCUGAAGACCAUUCUGCGAGGGGUGGUGUUGAAGGAGUAUCUAACUCUUAAAGCCUUCGUUGCCAAAGUCAUCGGGCUGACCGCCGGCCUGGGCAGUGGCAUGCCCGUGGGGAAAGAGGGUCCCUUCGUCCACAUUGCCAGUAUCUGUGCUGCUGUGCUGAGUAAAAUCAUGUCCAUCUUCUCUGGAGUGUAUGAGAACCCCUAUGGUUACACAGACAUUCUGACAGUGGGCUGUGCCGUGGGGGUGGGCUGCUGUUUCGGCACUCCUCUAGGAGGGGUGUUGUUCAGUAUUGAGGUCACGUCUACCUACUUUGCUGUGAGGAAUUACUGGAGAGGGUAUUUCGCUGCCACCUUCAGUGCCUUCAUAUUCAGGGUGCUGUCUGUGUGGAACAAAGAUGCUGUCACCAUUACAGCUCUUUUCCGGACCAACUUCCGGAUGGAUUUUCCCUUUGACCUGCAGGAGCUCCCAGCCUUCGCUAUCAUUGGAAUCUCCUGUGGGUUCCUGGGGGCCUUCUUUGUCUACCUGAACAGACAGGUGGUUCUAGUGAUGAGGAGACAGACAGCUCUCACACGCUUCCUGACCAAGCAUCGGUUAAUCUACCCAGGUGCAGUGACGUUUGUUAUCGCCACCCUGACUUUUCCUCCUGGAUUCGGCCAGUUCAUGGCUGGAGAGCUGAUGCCCAGAGAGUGUAUUAACUCCCUGUUUGAUAACUUCACCUGGACCAAACUGUCUGCCACCGCCCUUCCCCCUGGCCUGGGGCGCUCCUCAGCCUGGCUGCACCCCGACGUCAGCGUCUUCCUCAUCCUCCUCCUCUUCUUUGUCAUGAAGUUCUGGAUGUCUGCUGUUUCCACGACGAUGCCCAUCCCGUCUGGAGCCUUCAUGCCAGUGUUCAUACUGGGGGCAGCAUUUGGGCGUCUGGUAGGGGAGAUCAUGGCGACUCUCUUCCCAAACGGUAUCCUGUUUGAUGGGAUAGUUUAUCGCAUCCUCCCCGGGGGCUAUGCUGUCAUUGGUGCCGCGGCCAUGACUGGGGCAGUGACCCACACGGUGUCCACGGCUGUGAUCUGUUUUGAGCUGACAGGCCAGAUCUCUCACAUCCUGCCCAUGAUGGUGGCGGUGAUCCUGGCCAACAUGGUGGCCCAGGGCCUGCAGCCCUCCCUCUACGACUCCAUCAUCCAGGUCAAGAAACUGCCAUACCUCCCCGAGCUCAGCCUUGGACACAUCAGUAAGUACAACAUCUUUGUGGAGGACAUGAUGGUGCGGAAGGUGAACUUCCUGUCCUCCCAGUCGACCUAUCGGGAGCUGGGCUAUCUGCUAGACUCCACCUCCCUCAAAACCAUCCCUCUGGUCGACUCCAAAGAGUCUAUGAUCCUAUUGGGGUCUAUCGAGAGGACAGAGCUACAGGCCAUCUCUGAUUGGUGGCUGUCGGCCGAGAGGCGUGCCUUUGAGAGGGGUCAGGGGUCACCGGGUCAGGGCUGGGAGUCCUUCACUUUCAUAGACGAGGAGGGAGGAGAGACCUCUCCUGUACAAGAUGAACAGAACGGGCCCCUCCCAUCCCCUAAACCACAGGAGCCCUCCACCAAUCACACCGGCUCAGAGAAGCGUUCCCUCCAGUCUGUGCAGAGAACAUUUCAGCGCCUCUUCUCCUCUUCUUCAACCAGCCAGGCUGAAGCUCAGGAAUCCACCCCACCUCCACUCACCGACACCAUGUCCUCAGAGGAGAUCAAAGCCUGGGAAGAAGAAGAGUUGGAUAAGCCAAUCAGUAUGGAGGAGAUACGGAUUGAUCCCUCCCCCUUUCAGCUGGUGGAGAGAACCUCCCUACACAAGACCCACACUCUGUUCUCCUUGCUGGGUCUCAGUCAUGCCUAUGUUACCAGCAUUGGGAAACUGGUGGGCGUCGUAGCACUGAAGGAGUUGCAGAAGGCCAUCGAGGGCUCCACCCGUAGUGGGGUGAGAUUGCGCCCCCCUCUGGCCAGUUUCAGAGAUGCCAACCGUAAAGCCAAGAAGCACGCGGCUCCCCCCUCCACCCCCUCCUCCCCCACCAGGGAGAGGGAGCUGUGGGGUGAGGGGGGGAAGAGGGAGGGAGGGGGUAGUAGGAAGGAGGAGGGCGAGGGGUUUAGCGUGAGGAGCAACAACAGCCGAGGGACACACUGUCCCCCUCAGGAGCCUUCCUCCCCCGCCUCCCCCACCUCACCACCCUCCUCCUCCACUCGUGUCUUCAUUGUGUCAUCCCUUCCUACUGUGCCGGAGAUGGAUGGAGAGAGGGAGAGAGAAGAUUCUGAAGAGCCGAUUUAG